ACAAAAAAGAAGGUGGAGAAAGUAAAAUUAAAGACCACAAGGUUAUCAAGUAGUAAUCUCAUGAUUCCUUGCUCUAAGCUUCACCACUACCUCUGAUCUGAUUUCUUCUUUCAAAAAGUAAAAAUUAAUAAUUUAAUUGUAUUAUGGAGAAGUGAGAGCAAGUUUUGGACUUUGAUCUCCUUUAGAAUCACUUAUUCUCUUCUCUGAAAUAGUAACAGACUGUGAAGAGAGUUUCUCUGCAUCUGAAUUUUGUCUGAUCCAGGAAACGAAGAAAAUGGCGUUUGUAACCACUGCGGAAGUUUGUGACGCGAAUCAAGAGCUGAUUCGGAGUGGUCAGCUACGAGCUUUGCAACCUAUUUUCCAGAUUUAUGGCCGUCGACAAAUAUUUUCAGGACCAGUUGUUACUGUCAAAGUAUUUGAAGACAAUGGCUUAAUCCGUCAAUUCAUCGAGGAGAAAGGAAACGGUAGAGUUCUUGUGGUGGAUGGUGGAGGGAGUCAACGAUGUGCAAUACUCGGAGGUAACCCCGUGGUUCAAGCUCAGAACAACGGAUGGGCAGGAAUCGUUGUGAACGGAUGCAUCAGAGACGUCGAUGAGAUCAACGGUUGUGAUAUCGGAGUGAGAGCUUUGGCCUCUCAUCCGAUAAAGGCGAGUAAAAAGGGACUUGGAGAACAACGAGUUCCGGUUAACAUUGCAGGGACUCGGAUUUGUGAUGGAGAAUGGCUUUAUGCAGAUACUGAUGGGAUUCUUGUCUCCCAAAUUGAGUUAUCCGUUUAAGAAAAAAGGAUUGUCUGGUAUUUGGCUUUGAUCAGUUACAAAAAAAAAAAGAACUUGGUUUGUGUUCUUCUUCUUUUUACUUCAGAGAUUGAUAAAUUAUAAUGGAAAAUAAUUUCUGUUUUGAAUCAA